AUGGGUUUCCUCAUCGUCGCUGUGGCGCUUGUCGCCGCUCAGGGUGGUUUCAUAUAUGGGUUUGACUCUGGAAUUAUCGCCACAACCUUUGGCCAUGACAGUUUCAAGCUCAAGAUGUAUGGACCGUCUAUGGUCAACACUAGCUAUCAAGGCGCCAUCGUAUCGGUCUAUAAUGCUGGUCAAGCUAUCGGAGGAAUGACAGUAGGCUACCUUGCCGACAAGCUUAGUCGAAAGUACACGAUUCUUCUUGCUUCGAUCUUGACGAUCAUUGGCUCUAUACUCCAAUGUGCCGCCGUCCAAGUUGGCAUGAUGAUAGCAGGCCGUCUUGUGGCUGGCAUCGGCUGUGGUCAACUACUCUCGGUUGUUCCCAUCUACCUUGCCGAGGUUGCGCCUCCAGCGCGUCGUGGCUUCCUUGUCGGACUUCAGGGAAUGAUGAUAGCCAUAGGCUUUGGCGUUGCUAAUUGGGUUGGCUACGCAGGUGCAUUUGCCAUGGGAGACGGCCAAUGGCGGAUUCCACUGGCAAUGCAGCUUCCCAUUCCUGUUCUUCUCUCUGUAAUGGUCUUCCACGUACCGUUCUCGCCCCGUUGGCUUAUACUGCGCGAUCGAUACGAAGAAGCGAGAACCGUCCUGGCGAACCUACAUGGGGCUGCGGACAACGAUGAUCUGGUUGGACGCGAACUCAUACAAAUCCGUGAGCAAAUUCUCCUGGAGAGGUCUCAGGGCAACAUGGACUGGAUGACGGCCUUGCGCGCACUGUUUUCCAGAAAGUACGUCCGCCGUACACUCACUGCCGCAUUCAUCGUCACCAUGGGACAGCUCAGCGGCUCCUCGGUCAUACAGAACUUUCAGAACAUCUUCUACGCCACUGUCGGGUUCACUGGUAGAACGGCGCUACUCAUCAGUGGUGCUUACGGCAUGAUGGGAAUUCUGGGCCAGGUCAUCUACCUCUUCGUCGUCGCAGACCGCUGGCCACGAACACGUACUCUAUGGAGCGGUUCUCUGGUGUUGAGUGCCAUGAUUGCAUUAUGCAUGGCUCUCAGCGCAGUCUAUGGUAACAAGAAUAACGACAGUGCGGCAGGAGCAAGGGCGGCCAUCAGCGCCAUCUUCAUCUACUCCAUGUGUUACGCCAUUUUUUUCAAUGCCAUGAUCUGGGUUGUUCCAUCGGAGCUGUUCCCUUUCUUCCUAAGAACGAAGGGUCUGGCAUUUGCCGUUGCUGCCAAGUCUGUUACAGCAAUCGUACUCUCGCAAGUCACCCCGCUGGCUAUCGCCUCCGUUAGCUGGAGAUACUACUCACUUUUCAUCGCAACAAACCUAGCGGCCGCUGUCUUCUACUUCUUCUUUCUGCCAGAGACUUCCGGGAAAUCCUUAGAGGAAAUUGCGGAGCUAUUCGGAGAUGACCUAGCAACAAACCGCCUGGGCGAGCUGGACGUGGACGCGAAGAAUGGAAUCGGACCAGAGGCGGAGCUUCAUGAAUUCGCCGAGAGGCGAUCUCGGGUUUGA